GCCCUCCUCGUUCUCUGCUUGGCCCUCGUCUGCCUUUUAAAGCAAAGCCGUCCGACAUGUCACUCCCCACUCGCUCGGUGGUCCGGACACGUUGAGGAGCCAACCCCCCCACCUCUCGCUCUCUGUCGCCACAACCCACCCUCCGCUCGUCGUCGUCGUCGUCGCCUUCCACUCGACUCUCGCCGCGGCCAUGUAUCGCUACUUCGGGGAGCUGUUGAGCCGCUCGGCGGGCAGCGCGCUGGCCUCCGGCUGCGCGGACUCCGCUCUCCCGGCGUCCGCAUCCUUGCUGCGGGUGCGCCGCUACGCCGACGCGGCGGCGGCGGCCGAGCAGCAGCCGGACGACCCCAACUUCUUCCGCAUGGUGGAGGGCUUCUUUGACCGCGGCGCCGCCAUCGUGGAGGACAAGCUGGUGGAGGACCUGCGGACCCGAGAGACGCCCGAGCAGAAGCGGCACCGCGUGCGGGGCAUCCUGCGCAUCAUCAAGCCGUGCAACCACGUCCUCAGCGUGUCGUUCCCCAUCAAGCGGGACAACGGCGAAUGGGAGGUGGUGGAGGGAUACCGUGCCCAGCAUAGCCAGCACCGAACGCCCUGCAAGGGAGGUAUCCGUUACAGCACCGAGGUUUCGGUGGACGAGGUGAAAGCUCUUGCCUCCCUCAUGACGUACAAAUGCGCAGUUGUGGAUGUGCCGUUUGGGGGAGCCAAAGCUGGAGUCAAGAUCAACCCCAGGAAUUACUCGGACAACGAGCUGGAGAAGAUCACCAGGAGAUUCACCAUCGAGCUGGCCAAGAAGGGCUUCAUUGGACCAGGCAUCGACGUCCCGGCUCCGGACAUGAGCACAGGCGAGCGGGAGAUGUCCUGGAUCGCCGACACCUACGCCAACACCAUCGCGCACACGGACAUCAACGCCCACGCCUGCGUGACGGGCAAGCCCAUCAGCCAGGGCGGCAUCCACGGGCGCAUCUCGGCCACCGGUCGCGGGGUCUUCCACGGCAUCGAGAACUUCAUCAACGAGGCGUCCUACAUGAGCAUGCUGGGCCUGACGCCCGGAUUCAAGGACAAGACCUUCAUCGUGCAGGGCUUUGGUAACGUGGGUCUGCACUCCAUGAGGUACCUGCACAGGUACGGCGCCAAGUGCGUGGGCAUCGGCGAGAUCGACGGCGCCAUCUACAACACGGAAGGCAUCGACCCCAAGCAGCUGGAGGACUACAAACUGCAACACGGCACCAUCGUGGGCUUCCCGGGCGCCAAGCCCUACGACGGCAACAUUCUGGAAGCCGACUGCCACAUCCUGAUCCCGGCCGCCGGCGAGAAGCAGCUCACGCGGCACAAUGCCCCCAAGAUCAAGGCCAAAAUCAUCGCUGAGGGUGCCAACGGUCCCACCACCCCCGAUGCCGACAAGGUCUUCCUGGCCAACAACGUCAUGGUGAUCCCUGACAUGUACCUGAACGCCGGCGGUGUGACGGUGUCUUAUUUCGAGUGGCUGAAGAAUCUCAACCACGUCAGCUACGGACGCUUGACCUUCAAAUACGAGCGGGACUCCAACUACCACCUGCUCAUGUCCGUCCAGGAGAGUCUGGAAAGGAAAUUUGGCAAACAGGGAGGCCCCAUCCCCAUCGUGCCCACCGCCGACUUCCAGGCCCGAGUCGCUGGCGCGUCCGAGAAGGACAUCGUUCACUCGGGUCUGGCCUACACCAUGGAGAGAUCCGCCCGGCAAAUCAUGCGCACGGCGAGCAAGUACAACCUGGGCUUGGACCUGCGGACGGCCGCCUACGUCAACGCCAUCGAGAAGGUGUUCAAGGUGUACAACGAGGCCGGCCUCACCUUCACAUAAACGCCCCGCAGGCACGCUCGUUCACCUCACUGUCCCUCCCCUCCGCUCACCCGUCAAACUUUAGACAUCCUUGAACAUAUCAGCGUCUUGGUCGCCGUUUAUGCGCCUGUACGUUUAAGACAAAACACAUCGUCCGAAUAAUCUCGGGGUCGGUCCACUUCGUACGCUGUAGUCUAAUGGCCGCCUCGCGUGCGCCUCCCGCUGGCUAUGAUGAGAAAUGCCGAUGCCUUAAUGCUGGGGAAAAAAAAAGGGAUUUAAUAAAAUUCUAUGAGAUUGUGAUAAGAGUUAUUGGAAAAGUUUUCCCAGGUAGUUUUUUUUUUUUUUUUUUUUUUGAAGGAUCCAAUCAGUUUUUUCACCCCCUGUCAAUUUAAAGCAGCUUUUUCCUCAGAACAAGACAAAACAUUUAAAUUUUUUUUUUUUUUUUGUUCUCCACCCAUUUUUCCUGCCUUCCGUCCAUUUCCUCAUUUUCAAGUUUUUUUUUUCCUUUUUUGGGGGAAAACAAUAAAUUCUUAAAACAG